UGUUUCUGAAACGGAAAACUCAUCUCAGGAUGCCUUCCAACUUAGCAAAUUGGGAGGAGAGGAUGAAAAAAAAUCAUCAACUUCAAAAAAAGCCUGAGUUGCUGGAGGAAGCCCAGAGGCAAGGCUUACCAUUUUCACAGUGGGACGGGCCAACCGUGGUUGAAUGGAUGGAGCUCUGGGUUGGGAUGCCUGCUUGGUAUGUGGCUGCCUGCAGAGCAAAUGUGAAAAGUGGGGCCAUCAUGUCAGCUCUGUCAGACACACAGAUCCAGCAAGAGAUUGGCAUCAGCCACCCUCUGCACAGACUGAAGCUGCGGCUGGCCAUCCAGGAAAACUUGUGGCUCACCAGCCCUUCGGCUCCACCCACAUUGAAAAAGACACUUGCAUAUGGGGACAUGAACCACGAGUGGAUUGGCAAUGAGUGGCUGCCCAGCCUGGGCCUCCCUCAGUACCGAAGCUAUUUCAUGGAGUGCCUUGUGGAUGCUCGGAUGCUGGACCACCUGACCAAGAAAGACCUGCGGGGGUGGCUGAAAAUGGUCGACAGUUUUCACAGGAACAGCUUCCAGUGUGGACUUAUGUGCCUGAAAAGGUUAAAUUAUGAUCGGAAAGAACUGGAAAGAAGAAGAGAAGAAAGUCAGGAUGUAGUUAAAGAUGUGCUUGUUUGGAGCAAUGAUCGAGUGAUUCGCUGGGUCAUAUCCAUUGGCCUUAAAGAAUAUGCAAACAACCUCAUAGAGAGUGGGGUUCAUGGCGCACAGCUGGCCUUAGAUGAAGCCUUCGAUUACAACACAUUGGCCCUGUUGUUACAGAUCCCGAUAGAGAACAGAAAGGCUCGAAAUGUCUUGGACAGAGAAUUUGCCGACCUUUUGGUCCUUGGGACUGUCAGACGUUUUGAUGUUGAGGAUGACAAACACUUUAGGAGAGCACCUUCAUGGAGAGAGAAGUUUAGAGAAAAGGCCAUUCGCGGCGUGGCACCUGGGUCAUCAGAGACACUCCCUGCAAACUUCCAAGUCUCUUCUUCCAAGUCUUUCUGCUCUAUGCAGCCAAAUAAGAUCCAGAUGGAUGGCAGUGUAUCAGGAACACAGAAGUUGGAUUCUGCGACAGUCAGGACUUCCUCCUGCUAAAGCCUCCUGUUGUUUUCCCGCACUACUUCUACAGAUGAUAUCAGCAUUUUGAAUCCAACAGAGACUACAUUUUUGAAUUCAGUCGAAUCGCUAUCUAUUAAUACUUGUUAUAUGGACUCCUAAGAUAUUUUAUAACAGAGUUUUUAAUUAGUGAAAAAUUCAUGAAUACCAUAGAGAAAAUAUUUUAGAAUUUAAUGUUUCUUAUAUUUUUGUAAACUUAGGACUUUUCAUUUAUAUAGUUAGUCACUUUUUCAAGUAUGUUUAGGCUAUAAAUGUCUCUGGAAGCAAUUCAUUUUCUUACACCUAAUUUUAGUCUUUCAAAUGAAUGUACUGUAAUGCUUGUAUGUAUAAACCCUAUGAACAAAUACAGGGUUUUUGUAAAUUGUGCACAUAUUGUAAUUAUUGCUGUUUAAGUUUUUAAUGAUAAGCCAUCAAUGAAAAAUUAGUUUACUACAUUUUUUUUGUCUUUUUUGUUUUUAUCAGUACCAGGGAUUGAACUCACGACUGUCUGCUUGCAAGGCAGGUGCUUAUGCCGCUGAGCUAAAUCCCCAGCCCAGUUUACUACAUUUAUAAAAUUGUUGUGACAUUAGCAAUGUGCAUUAUCCUUCACCUUGGUCUACAUCAGUCAUUUUAAAAUCAGUAGACUUCAUUCCAAGCAGUUGUCAUAUUUUGAGGUUGACUGACCUUAACUGUCCUUUUUUUAGCAAGAAAUCAGAGUCUAAUAAAGUCCAGACUGAACCGUUGCACCAGAGCACUAUAGAACUUUCUUAGCACUGGUUCCCUUUUCCCCAUCCUGUCUCUGGACUUGGGGAGCUUGUCUUCAGAGACUUGACCAGAAGCCAUGAGCUUGGAGCUGCUCUCAGCAGGGCUGGAGUGGCCAGGGGUGGACCCCAGCCUGGCACCUUCCCUGCCUCUUUCCUGUGAGCAUGUGGAAGGUGCCUCCAGCUAUUCUUAGAGGACCAAUCACUGAGCAUUGUGCUCACAUCUCACAGACAUUGGUGCAUGAGCAGAUGAAAGCAGGAAACCCUGAAAAUAAAGUUGUACAACUCUAACUAAUGAAGGCCUUAUUUUUCAUAUGUGAGUCACCUUUUUACAUUGGUUUAUAAACAUGUUUCAACUAGUCAUACAUUUUUAGAUUUUGAUGACAUAGCCAUUUUGGACUGAACAAGUAGCAAAUGUAACUUGCUUUUCACUGGCAUAUUAAAAAGCCAGCAAGGAAGGAGUCAGAUCAGGGUGCAUGUUAUUUAUUGUGCAACUGAUACAUAGGUAGAGGCAGCAUGCCUUUUUAAUUUAGUUUAUGCAUACAGUUCACUUGUACAAUCCAUAUUACUGCCCUUUUUCUAUUAAUUUUUGUGGAACUUUCUGAGUAAGUAACAAAGUAUACAGUCAUAUACACAUAUAUACUUUUGAACUAUUUUAAUCACAGUAUUAUUUAUUGCUUUCUUCCAAUAAAGUUCUGAAACAUU